UUAUCAUAAAUGAGAAUUAAAUACAAAUCAUGAUAAAGCUGCGCGUGGUUCCUUCGUGUUUCUUAUCAGCUACUUUGUUUUCUUGUGUCGAAGUGAACUUCGAAUGCCCUCGCUUGACCUCCUGCUUCCUCGGGCCGCUUAUCGUUAUCGGAACGAAUAAAACGAGACGACUGAAUAUAUUUCGUUUAAUUAAUCGGUAACCGCGCAGCUAGCUAGUAGCUCUUGUAAUUUCUUUUCAUUUGUUUGUUGUGAAGUUUGCUAAGUCCACAUAAAGUUUUCUCGUGGAAAGUUAAAUCAGUGUUUAACUGUUUAAGUGAUUUUCACGUUGAUCCUGCAUCCAAGAGGAGGAAUGCCAAGUGACUGUGGUGACUGUUUGGGUAUUCGUUAUCGAAUUAGCACCCUGCACCAAACCUGGAAGUGGCUGCAUCAGACCAUCGCUCUUCACGAGUAUCUCAUCUCCCUCUCUGCGGCUGACACUGAUGCCUCGCGGGGCCACACAUUAGUUCACUAAUAAGAACUUUCUGAACACUCAUUAGACUUAUUUAGCGUUAGCAAUUAAAGUUAAGUGAUUUACGCUUAAAAGAACUGAUAUCUCAAAGUUCAUACAAAAAAGUAUCCGUUUGCUAUAUAUAGUUAUAUUACUAAUAAAUUUACAACAUGGCCCAGGCAAUGAUGAAGAAGGUUGUCGCCAGCAGUGCUUGUUUAGUGGUAGCUCUUACAAGAAGAGUGAGCUCCAGGAGCCUUGCCACCACUAGUGUGGUCUCGGCAAAGAAAGACCGUGAGCUGCCACCAGAGGGGGAGGUUACAAAAUCGGUCUUUAUGUCUCAAUCUACUGACAUUUACACCAAUCUGGCUCUUGAGGACUGGAUGUACCGCAAUAUGGAUUUCUCUAACCAUCAUGUCAUGAUGGUGUGGCGUAAUGAGCCUUGCGUUGUGAUUGGAAGACAUCAGAAUCCAUGGUUGGAAGCUAAUGUUCCCUUGCUAUCUGAAAAGGAUAUUGCUUUAGCUCGCCGCAACAGUGGAGGUGGCACUGUCUACCAUGACCGUGGCAAUUUAAAUGUUACUUUCUUCACACCACGUGAGAGAUAUGACAGAAAGUACAACUUGGAGCUAAUCAAGAGAGCCCUGUUCAGAGAAUUUGGUGUCAAAUCAGUCAUAAACGAACGCCAGGAUAUUGUUGUCAGAGAUAAAUAUAAGGUAUCUGGGACAGCUGCUAAAUUGGGUCGCCUUACUGGCUAUCAUCAUUGCACGCUUCUAGUCAACGCCAACAAGGCACAUCUCAGCAAGGCUCUUGCAAAACGGGAGACUAACGCGACUGCCUCGACGCGGUCGGAGGUGGCCAACCUCGCCGAGCUGAACAACCGGCUCUCGGUGGAGAGUCUGCAGACCGCGCUCGGCUACGAGUAUCUCCGCACGCCCGCCUUGCACCUGGAAGAUGGUGGUCAGAACCUGAUCUCAAAACAACGCGGCUUCCAGUUCGUGAACCCCACAGACGAUUGGUUUCCAGGCCUUGCAGAGUUGCGAAAUGAGCUCCAGAGUUGGGACUGGUGUUAUGGUAGGACACCGGCUUUCACCGUCAGCCGCUCGUUCCCGGUGCCUGUGGAGUUGCUCGCCCCGUCCAAAGUGUACUCCUCUACGCAGGAGCUCGUCAUCAGCAUGAAUGUGGAGAAAGGCCUGAUCGACGACGUGACCCUGAACAUUCCCCCAGGCUUGGUGGAGUCGGGCUUCCACGGCGAGGCGUCAGUCAUCACGCAUCUCAAAGGAAAGAAGUUCACCUCUGAGGCGCUCAGCGCGUUACAAGAAGCGAUGUUGACGCGCCGCGUCGCCGGCGACGUCAAACAACUGGACGAUAAGGAACAAUUCGUCGCGAAAUGUUUCGAUCAAGUUGUUAAUACUAUGUAAGGGUAUGUUUUAUUGUGCAAGUAAUUUAGAUACUAUAUGUGUAUAUGUUAUACUAUAGGGAUCGUUGUUAUGGCAUUGUAAAAAUACUUAUAAAUAUACUAUUAUCACUUGGUCAUUAAUGUAAGCUUGAAGUCGCCAUUUAGGUUGACGUUGAUAGUAAUUAUCUUGUAAAUAUUCCGCUAUUAUUACAAAAAAUAUAUAUUUUUUAUGUUCAACAUAUAAUUUGCUUAUUUGUACUUAUUCGUUCUCUUCCUGUGUUUACUAACAUUCUCAAUGGUUUCUAGGGGUAUUCCUUGUUAUUAAUAAUUUUCAAUCUGCUUUAUUAUUUUAUCUAUGUGUUUUUAGUUUAGUGUUAUAUUUAUAAUGAUCUCGGGCAUUUAGUGUAACAAUAUACAUAAUUACAUGGUCAUUAACACAAUAAUUAUUCUAAUAAUGGCUAAAUAUUCAAACAUCUGAUAAUUGCGUUUAAUGUUACGCUAAAUGAUUGGGAUUGUAACACGCGAAUCGCACCUUCGUGACGAACGCUACAAGAAUGCAUCAUAUCAUUUGUUUUAAUUAAUUAAAUUAUAAUUUUAUAAUUGAAUUAAUGUAUCCACGUUUUAAUACUUAAACAAUAUUUUACGUAGCUGUGUACUGUAACAUUUAGUUUGAUUCUGGAGGCGGCGACUUCGUAACACUCGUGAAGAAAUGUCAGUUUUGUGAUGAAAUCGCUGCCUGUGGAAAAAGAGACCAUGUAUUGUUAUAGUUUGUUUUUAAAUAUUUUACCCUAGACCAUUUCAUAACCCGCUGACCUUCGUUUUCGUGAGAUCAGUUCUAAACGGGGACUUUUUUGUAUGAAAUGGAUUAUUAUACUUAGGUAUUAUUAAGUUUUAUUUAGUCAUAUAAAGUUAUUGUAAAAGCCAUGUUAUGUUUUUAAGUAAGUUGAUGUAAAAAUUGUUUAUAUUAUCAAUGUCAAUUGAGAUGUAAUACAUUUUUUAAAUUUUACUGUAA